AUGGCAGAAUCUCCUAGUAAUAGUAGCAGCAAUCCCACACGUAAUGUUCCUGAGAAGGUGGCACCGGUAUACCAUAGAACCAAGCAGGAGCAAAAGAGAAAGAGUGCCGUGCCUGACGAUCAAGUUGAGAUUAUAUCACUCCCGAGGAAACAAAAGCGGGUGACCCGCUCCCUAACGAAUAUUCAAUCCUUUAUCAAACAGGAAGACUUGUUAGAAGGCAAUGUUUCCUGCCCACGGUGCAAUGCCAUUAUUUGUGUGGCAGAAAAGGGCUGCAAUGUGGCCACAUGCCGCAAUCAUCAUCCCCAAUUCCUAUUCUUCUGCGUACAUUGCAAGGCAAUCUGUAAGGAAGAAUAUUCUACUUGCUCCUGUCCUAAAAACAACAUGAGAACAACUCGUGCACAGGCACAACGAGAACGCAACCGUAAAGCCGAGGAGAAUCCAAUUGAGAUUCUGGAUGAUGACGAUGAUGAUAGCGGCAGAACAGAAGCAAAAGAAGAUGAGGAUGAUGACAACCGUAACAACAACAUCGCUGCUUCCAGUGGAAGCCAGAGUACAGGUACCCGUCGAUCAACGCGGCAUAGUAACAGCACGGCAAAGGCAGGUGCCAAAGACGAGGAAGACGGCUGCAUUUUUGCUUCCACUGCCCGGAAGCGUACCGGUACACCUAUCCGUCGCUCCACUCAGAAUACAACCCCGUCAAAGGCGAAUGGUGACAUUGAAGAGGACGAUACAACAUCUGCCCAGGCACCGAGAGAACGUAACCGUUUAGCAUGUGAGAAUUCAAUUGAGAUUCUGCACGAUGAUAGCAAUGUACACGAUGGCAAUUGCACCCGGAAUAUAGCUAGUGAAGCCAAUCAGGAGGCAAAUUCACAGUGUGGCAAAGAAGGAUUUCAAGAAUCAGAUAAACUUGUAGAGGAGAACUUUGCUGGGAUAUCCAACGAAGUGAGACCGGAAAGGAUAGUGGAGGCUAGAGCUGAACGGUCUAGAGACUCAGUGCAGCCUCGUUUUCCGGGCACACUGAUUGGUUCAGAGAAUUUCAUACUAGUUUCCACAAUGAAUUUGUUCACACCCUGGAAAGAUGAAGAUGGCAAAGCUUGUCAAGACGUGCAAAUCUUGGUCUACCAUUGCUUAUCCAACAAGAAGACUGUACUCCAGUAUGUAUCCAAUUCUGGACAACAAGGAAGUGGAACAACUGAUGGUCGGGGGCGCUUCAAUCUUAAACUGUGUAGGUUGGAAAUGAAUAGGCCUGGAAACAAGUUUAAUGGCGCCAAUGGAAGACUUUUUGGUAUGGACAGCAAGCUUAUUGAAGUCCACACUGGAAGACGCGUUUACCCAGCUGACGACAAGAAGCAAUCAGAAACAGUGAUUGAUGUGCGAGACUACAAGCUGGUUUCUGUAAAGGAAAACUUGUUCACACCUUGGAAGGAGAGAUGGGACAGCUUUUCUCGUGACCUGCCCGUCUUGGUCUAUGAGCGGAUCUCGGACAAUCGCAUUGUACUUCGAUAUCUGACUGGGGCCAAUGCCAACGAUGACGAAUAUGAAGGCCUUCUGGAAACUGAAAAGUACACGUUGAAAAUGGAUUGGCCUGGAGCAGAGUUUGAUGGCGCCAAUGGGGUACUUUUUGAUGCGAAUGGCAAGGUUAUUGAUGUUCACAUUGGAAAGCGCUUCUACCAUGAUUGA